AUGAAGUUAGCGAAAAUUCGAAAGGCUCUAACCAUAGGCCUACCCAUGUCUUCCCAUCGAGCUCCGGCUUCUCCAGGAAAUUGGGGAUCAAGGAGCUUAGGACCCUUGGGAGAAGAGAAACGGCCUUUGACUGGCUAUAUUCCGAUGGAGGAGACUGAUAGGCGUGUCUCCAGCUUGGAUAGACCUGAUUUGCAGGCGCACUCGGACGCCCAGAAAGAGAUGAAGGAGACUUGGGAGGCUCAAUGCAAGGAUCGCAUAUUAUGGAGGGCCCCGUAUGAAUGGGACCCCCUAGAUCAUAUCAACAAUAACCUUUGGCCUAAGUGCUUUUUGUACGAACCUCAAGAGCAAAUACAACGCAUUUGGUUGUUGGGAGAUGGAAGAGAAGAAAGAUUUUCGCAUCCUGUGAAAGAGAUUCCGCUUGUACAAGCGUGCAUAAAACUCUAUCGGGAACGAUCGGAGACACAAUUGAUACUCUAUUUAUCUCUUUUUUUCAAUAGGCCAGAUUUUAACCUGGGGGUAAAAGACAUAGUCAAAGACACUUCAAUUCUUGACUUUAUUCUUUUGUUGGCCACCAUCACCGAGGUCAACCAACGUUCAAAAGAAAAACUCGACCCGUUCUCCGCGAGGAUCCAAGAGUAUAUCAUACGGGAAUUGCCUCGGUUUGAAGAAAAAUUAACUGAGUCAAAGAGAGACGAUAUCAUUAGGCUCAUCAAAAUUUUGAAAAAUUUGUGGGAGAGGGAUUAG